UUUGAAUAUUUCAGGGGUUAGCAAUGGCGAAGCUGGAGAAACUUGUUUUAGCUGAAGAUAGUUUACACGAGUUAAAAGAAGCAGAGAACAGCGAGCGGUUAGCCGAAGAAGCAGUCACAUUUGUUCAAAAAAAGCUGCAUCGACGCGAAUCUGGGAAUGUUGAUCAAAUGCAUAACUGCAAUAUUGAAGAUUUACAUGUUACAGGAGUUGAUCUUUUGUCAAAAGUUCAUAAUCUUGAGAAUAGAUUUGUUCGUGCCUUUGUAGAAUCUAAGAUUUCUGAAUUGCCUAUUGCUGAGUUUGAUGAACAGAUUCAACUUUGUUUAGCUGAGUUAAAGCAGUUGUGUACUCUUUAUUCAAUUGCAAAUCCCAAAGGAACUCAUGGAUAUGAUAGUUUGGAAUUUUUGAGAAGUUCGGAUUUGAUUAGUCAAACACGACAGGGUCCUCCUUGUCUGGAAGAAAGUGAUCUGGUAAAGGAGUUGUCAGCAAAACUAAUCGAGAUAGAGAAGCUUAAAUCGGACAAUUUGGUCAAGGAUAAUGAGCUCGAGGCUUUGCGGCGUCGGCAAAAGCAGCUAGAAGCUCAUAUUUGCUCUGUUGAGGAGCAGAAAAGCCAGUUGGAGGAAAAUAUGGAAAUAAUGCGGAGAGAAGUUGUUGUUAUGGCUAAAUUCUUGGAUGAUUUGCGGAGUGAAGUGUUGGAACUCGAUAGCAAUAUGGAUUCGAGGAUUUCUGCUGAGAAAAUUCUCGCAAAGAAAUCUUCAAAACUCGAAGAUGGAAAGCAGGAAAUAGAAGUUUAUUUAUCUGAACUAGAAGAAGGAAAUUUACUUUUAUCAGAAGGAUUAUGUGCUUUAGAAGAAAAAUUAAUGUAUCCAAAUGAUAAGAGUGAGUAUUGUCAUAUGGAACUACAAAUUCCAGAGUUUGAUGCUAUGAAUUUCAAAGAUGAGAUAAUAAGAAGACUGGGAGACGAAAUGGAGGUGCAAAGGUUUGUUAUGAGACAGAAGAUCGAAGAGAUGCAAAGGCAGUGGCUAGUAGUUCAAGAAGAGUGCGAGUAUCUUAAAAUCGAAAAUCUUAAACUCGUUGAAGAAUGUAGUAUCCUGCACAAAGAAAAUGAUGAUAUAAGGAAACAAACGAUGGAGUUAAACGUUUGGUGUACAGUCUUAGAAGUAGAAUUGAGAGAAUCAGAAAAUCUCCGAAGAGAAAACCAGCUUUUGGAAGAAGAAAUUUUGGCUCAAUUGCAGAAAAAGGUACUCCUUCAGGAUGAAAUUUUGGCUCUUAAGGAAACAAUGAGUGAAAUCAAGUUCGAGAAUGAAAUACUGGAAACUUCUUUUGUGAUGCUAUCAAGAGACUAUGAAGAACUCAAGGCUGAAAUGAUGUUAAUUCUUCAGAAAAUCUCCAGUAGUUGCAGGUGUGAUAAAGUUUCUCUUGCAGAUGCCUUGGAAAAUCGGGAAACUUCGCUGAAAAAUGAGCAAUCCUGCAUACAGGUCGAUAAUGAUUGGAACUGCAAUACGGAAAGUCAAUUUAUGGGAGUUGAGCUUGCAGAAGUUUUAGAGGUAGAUGACUUGUAUAAGACCCAGCUAAAGAGUUUUCAGUCAAACGAUGUACGCACUCGUAUAGAUGUUCCUGCAAAUUCGACAGGUGAAAGUGCCGGAACAAAUGACAGAUAUGAAUGCAAGGCUCCGAUACUCGAGAUCGAGAUGAGUGCAAUGUAUCAAAUAUGUUGAGUUAGAAGCUGCCGAUCCAAAGCGACUUGCCGUGUGGAAAGAACUAGGUCCCGGAAUCCUGGCUGAAAAGUUCGGUUUAUAUCUAUCACUGAUGCUGCCGCAACACUUAGUGACAUUCACCGUUCCCUACUCCGGUGGCGUGCUUGCUCGGGAAGAAAGUUGUAGAUUUGUACGGUUUAAGG